GCACUACAUUCUAGCUGUCAAAUCGUUCUCGAAUAAUAUCAACACCUCUUGCAUAUACCGAGUAUUUUCAGCAGUAUUUUGUGUUGUGCUCUAGAAAUUUAAUUUGAUUAUUGAUAUUCGCAAUUAAAAUCAUAAAUUAGCAAUGUCGACAGUCGCAAGUGCCCUCAGCGUCGCUGGUACAAGAACAUCCGGCGCUCCAGUUCGUACACAAAAUGUAAUGGCAGCUAGUUCGAUAGCAAACAUUGUCAAAAGUUCACUUGGUCCGGUCGGUUUAGACAAAAUGUUGGUUGAUGACAUCGGAGAUGUUACUGUGACCAAUGAUGGAGCCACAAUUUUGAGAUUGUUGGAAGUUGAACAUCCUGCGGCCAAGGUUCUUGUGGAAUUGGCUCAACUUCAGGAUGACGAAGUUGGUGAUGGAACAACAUCAGUCGUUAUAUUGGCAGCAGAGCUACUGAAAAAUGCUGAUGAGCUUGUUAAACAAAAGAUUCACCCAACCUCGAUCAUAUCCGGAUAUCGUUUGGCAUGCAAAGAGGCCUGCAAAUACAUUUCGGAACACUUAACCGCACCCGUCGAUGAGUUGGACAAGACAUGCUUACAGAAUGUAGCCAGAACAUCAAUGAGCUCAAAGAUUAUCGGCGCCGAUUCAGAUUUCUUUUCUGCAAUGGUUGUCGAGGCGGCACAAGCUAUUAAGAUUUUGGAUCCGAAAGGAAAUCCAGCCUAUCCGAUCAAAGCGGUCAAUGUUCUCAAAGCUCAUGGAAAAUCAGCUCGCGAAAGUGUUUUGAUUCAAGGCUACGCACUGAACUGCACUGUGGCGUCACAGCAAAUGCCGAAAAAGAUUCUAAACGCAAAGAUCGCCUGUCUGGACUUUUCGCUGCAAAAGAUCAAAAUGAAAAUGGGAGUUCAGGUGCUCGUAUCGGAUCCGGAAAAAUUGGAGGGAAUCCGUGCUCGUGAGCUGGACAUCACUAAGGAGCGCAUCGACAAAAUCAUGGCAACGGGUGUCAACGUUAUUUUAUCAUCGGGUGGCAUCGACGAUUUGUGUUUGAAAUACUUUGUUGAAGCUGGUGCAAUGGCUGUCAGACGAGUCAAGAAGGCUGAUCUGAAACGAAUUGCUAAGGCUACCGGUGCAGCUUACCUAACAUCGUUGACAAAUAUGGACGGCGAAGAAAGUUUCGAAGCCACUAUGGUCGGUGAGGCAGCCGAAGUGGUGCAAGAAAUGAUAUGCGACGACGAAUUAAUUUUGAUUAAGGGACCCAAGGCCAGGACUGCUGCAUCAAUUAUUCUCCGAGGUCCCAACGAUUUCUAUUGCGAUGAAAUGGAGCGCUCGGUGCACGAUGCAUUGUGUGUCGUAAAGCGUGUUCUAGAAGGAAAGAAAUUUGUUGCUGGCGGUGGUUGUGUCGAAGCUGCCUUAUCAAUCUACCUCGAAAAUUUCGCUAUUUCAUUGAGUUCGAGAGAGCAACUGGCUAUCGCCGAAUUUGCCAAGUCAUUACUUGUGAUUCCAAAGACAUUAGCCGUGAAUGCAGCAAAGGACGCAACCGAUUUGGUGGCAAAAUUACGUGCUUUCCACAAUUCCAGUCAAACAAAAUUGGAGCACACCGAUCUCAAGUGGUGCGGAUUGGAUCUCAUUGAGGGUACAGUCAAGGAUAACCGAAAGGCGGGCGUACUGGAACCGGCUAUGUCAAAGAUCAAAUCACUGAAAUUUGCUACCGAAGCUGCCAUUACCAUAUUGCGAAUCGAUGACAUGAUCAAAUUGAAUCCGGAACAACAACAGGGCAGAGGAUAUGCCGAUGCUCAUGCUGCCGGCGAAUUGUAGAGUUUUUAAGAAGUGUUUUCAUUCAAAUUUAUCCAUAAAAUUCGUUUUAACCAUGUAAGUUGUUCUCGUACGGCAACAUCAAACGGCCGUUCGGCUAAACGCUGCGUUUUGCGAGAGUGUAAAUUACAAUAAUUUCACCAGACUCAGAUAAUGUUCUCGGUUUCUUAGGUUAACUUAAAUCACAAAUUUCAUCGAAUUUUCCUUUUUUGUUACUCACAUUAAUUGAUUAAUAAACAAUUGCUUUUAACACAAUCGCA